CACACACACACACACACACACACACACACACACACACACACACACACACACACACACACACACACACACACACACACACACACACACACACACCGGAGAUCGAGCAGAUCAACCUUGGUAGGUAGGAAAAAUGAUCGAUACGACCGAGAGGCGACGCAGGCGACCCGGCGACGACAUUGUAGACUUUCCUCCUUGCCCUGUCUAAAUAUGGCCAUGCGAGAAUCGAUCGUGAUUCCAGCGACGUUGCGAUCGGACGAUCGUUCGGUUGGUUGGGUUUUCUAGUCUACAGAGCAGAGAUAUUGCUGUUGCUGCUGCUGGGCAGGGUACUUGUAUCACCCGUGCCACACUAAUCCGAUGUUCCGAGUCAUCGGCCAAGGCACACCAGAGCGAAACACUGCCGAAAAUGGCGGCUUUUUGACGGGUUGAAGGACACACACGCGCUGCAGAGGAGGUGGUGUGGGUUAUUCAAAUAUUUCGCCAAUGACUUUAUUUGGCCCUCCUCUCCAAUGGGUUUUCGUGCCUACGCGCGUGUCAUUCGUCAUCUUCUGCUGCAAUAAUAGCUUGUGGUGAGGCGUAAGGUGAGGUGUCCGCAUUCUAAUAUACCAAUACGGACACAAAGUCACGUCAUGAAUUGAGCAAAACCGAAUCAUUGUUUCGGAAGUGACGAAAGGACCGUUUCAUUUCGUUAGUACCUCAGCGUUGAUGUUGCAAUCGGAUAAGCGAAAACGGUGGUCUCACCUCCGUUUAUCGGUUUACUCAUCGGCGGAGAAUUUUGGACAUAGAUUUGUGCGCUACGGAAUGUGUGACCCGUUGUUUCUGUGUUCGAUAAAGAUGGGUGUGAGUCACCCCAGUGUUGUUGUUGUUGCAUGGAAGUAGCCUGGAGGUCUUUGUUUUGGAAGUAAUUUUUAUGUGCUGCUAGCAGACAAAUGUGAUGUGAUCGAGAAUAGAAUAGCCGCCAGCAGCUGUUUUCGUUCGCAACUCCAUCUCCAAAGAAAGAAUAUUCUCCAACCCAAACAGAACCCCAACAAAAAUCAUUCAUUGUCAGCAGCACAUUCUCGAGCUUCGUUCGUAGCGGGUGUCAUAAACCUUUUACAAACGCUUGUGUUAAUUACGGCCACGGGAUAGUAGCAGCAGAUGGUGGUGUUGUGCAUGCCCCUAUCGCUCCGAAAAUGGCUCGUAGCCUCAUAAACGGCCUCUGUCGACUUCCAAGUGUUUUUCAUGCUCCUCUUCCACCGGCUACUACUACCAGCCAUUCGCGAUCGCGGUGUGUUGAAAACUUUGCAUUCAAAUAUGGCAACUUCCCUCCUCUCACGCCGACUUCUUCUUCGUCCUGCAGAUCAUCGCCCCUUCCCUCCUCAAUGUGCGAUCGCCAUUUGGGUUUGACCGAGUUUUCGAGCCACGAUCCAGGUCACAACCCGACGGCACCACGGACGGGAGGACAACCUUUUUGGGGCCUUGCAAAGGGUGUUCUCUGGCUUGGUUCAGCGGUGACUCCCCAAUGUACAGACACACUGCAGGGGGCAUUAUACUGUUGUGGGGAUGUGUCUAGUCAGCGAAUCUACACACACCAGUCGGCUGUUUGUGACUGCUUGCGCGAUCACCCCCGUUGUGGCGUGCUCUCGGAGCAGUGGCACUGCUGUUCGGGCGCAAAUGCCGAUUCAUCAUCGUAUAUGGACAUUAUGUUUUUGCUGUGUAACACGAUAACACCGCCAUAAUGCGAGCUAGAUUAACUACGCUACACCUUGAUGCACCACCUUUUCUUUAAUCGGAGCCACAGCGAGCCAGCCAGCCAGCCAGGCCAGUUCGCUAAUGUGUUCGCUCCAAUGACAAAUGGUGCUGAUUUGUGCGCGAAAAGGUAUGGCAUCCGGCUUCCAGUAGCCGUCCGCCGAAUGAAACAACCACACAAAACCAGUAAAACCACACCGAACCAUCAGUAGAAAAGCCACACAACAACCGGAGUAGAUCAUCUUUCCUGCUUCAGGUGUUUGUGUGUGUGAGAGUGGACUCUCCGAGCGUUAAUGUCUAAAGCGAGUUAAUCUUCUUUGUGUCUCGCUACUAAUCUGAACAGGAUAUGCAUUUCUCUCAGUUCAGGGUAGAAAGUGUAAACAGCCACCACGAAGCGGUUCGUAAUUUGAUCACACAUCAGUACUAAGUAAUAACCAGCUAGCAUCAUUUUCCACUAAAGCUCAAGCUUCAUUAUCGUGAUCAUAAAAAUAAUGUCUUUGAGGUCUUACGCAACGGUACCGUAACGAACGAUACUGCUAUCUCCGUGGUCCAUCUUAUCCGGACGUAUUACACUGUACCCAUACUCAUCGGGGCAAAUACGAAAGCCAUAAAGCCCCGUAGGACCUUAUUUGUUGAGCUAAUUGUUGAAACAAAUUGACUCCACCAGACACUAUCAUCGGAGCCUGAUCUGGAGGUGAAGUGCCUUGCCUCGUUCGAUACGAUGAUAAGAGGGCGCGCAGCAGGGCGCAGUGGAUGGAGUGUGUUGUGGGUUUAUUGAUUGGCGGGACUUUAUUGCCACUCCAUACUCGAAUCAUGUGAUGAACGGUUUCCCUUUCUUACACACACUGCACUGGAGGGAACUGCAUCGUUCAAGUGUUUCCUGUGCCAUAAUCAUCCUUCUCCCCCCUCCGCCAAGUGCGAAGAAAUCAAUUUUGCUUAUGCUUUCGGCUCCGUGACGUGCAAAUGAUGUUGUCCAUCCAAAACAGCAAUGAAAACAAAUGGCAAUCGGGUUCAAUUUCCUUCGAUUGUCAUCACAAUUGAACGGCGUGGUGGGGACGGAACACGGCCACCGCCUUUCUAUCAGUGAUACGUAUCUCCCUGCAUGUCAUACAGAAACAGUGCGCUUCCAGCGCAUGUCAGCGAUCGCGAUCGGAUGAUUUAUUUGGGGUGAGAUACUGCGGCAAUCACAAAAAUGGAAAGCAAUGGAUGGGGUGACAUCAUAACAACCAUCUUUAAGCAAUGUGCCUAAAAAUGUGCAUAAAUACUUAAUUUUAACUUUCCCAAAAAUGACCCAGAUUUAGUCUGGGUCCGGUCUUAACCGGUUUAUCAGAUCGACUCCGAAGAAGACCGCCAUUGCUGGGCGAAGUUUGAGCGCACAACAAUUGCUAACAAACACACACACACAGCCGAUCUGUAAAGCAAUAUUCUUCAGCGAUCGGACACUCUCUCUGUCUUCAUCUCGGCAUCUCGAAUCACGACACGAACGGUUUUUCGUGAAUGUUGCAGAAUCGAUUUGUACACGUCAUUGACCACGGAUGUACACUUCACCACCGCGUGAAGGUAAUGAUAAUGAUGAUCGCAGGAACAGUCAAGAAAGCAGAACCAGCAAAACAGACAAACCACCUCCUGUGGGCCCUAGGCAGUGGCAGUGGGUAAAGAUCACCAACACGAUCACCCGUCGUCAACGAGGGCCGCCGUGCGAUCUCUUGCGAAGGAAACCUGAAUAUCGUUCCUUCCAGAGGGACACAAACGGUCUCCACCGAAAGACGGAUAAAAAUGGGUCAAAUAACUUGUUUUACUUUCGGAUUCCGAGCUAUGGAGCAUUGAUUUUUGUAUGUGUGUUUAUGAGUGUGUGUGUGUGUGAGCGCAAUGUUGUUAUGAGAGAGCACAGCAAAUGACCGAAAUUAAAAAUAAUUCCACAGGAAAGGUACACCCAAAUUGUUUCUUAAUGCUACUUUCGGGUGGUUCACGAUGUUAAAUGCCUUUUUCAAGUUCUGAUGAGGUGCAUCAUUAUCUCAUCAGUAGAUGGUGAUCAUCGUGUCCCAAAUAGCCACAUUACGACCACAAGGUCGAAAAAAAGUCUUAUAAUUUUGUUUUCUUCUAUUAUCAGACUCCACAGUCUUAAAAGGAAAUUGGUUCUGAUACUUGCUAUUUUAUAUCAUGCAGAUAGCUGAAAACCUAAGACAACAACCGAAAAAGUCGAAAUUUUUUCACGGUUGAACUGUUUCACGAAACUUUCAUCUUCAUUAACGGUCUUUUCAAGUUGUGUUGCAUUGUCGUUGUUAUUUAUCGAAGAUUUUGACAAAUACAGAAAGAAUCAAAGAAGAAACGAAGAAAAGACUUUUUCUUCGUUCAUUUCUUCAUGUGUAAUGGCGUAUGCUUUGACAGAUCUUGGCGUGCUACGGUGGGUGAUUGUUGUACAGUGCGUGGUUGAUGUGAAGUAAAAAAUAAGUAUAAACUAAAAUUAAUUAACCAAAAUGGCUGAUGAAAAUUACGCACGCAAUAUGAAAAAGAGUGGUUUGUUGUACAGACGAAAAAGGAAGUUGGAAGAUUUAAGAAAAGAAGAAGAGUGUGGUGCUGCUGCGGAAUUCGACUAUACCGAUACGACUGAUGGUAUGGUGCAACCAAACAGUGACAUUACAGCUAAACUUCUUGGUGAAGCAUCUUUUCAAGGGGAUGGCGAACAAUUUCCGCUGAUCUUUAGUCCAAACGAGGAAGAAGCCGAGAGUGGUAAAGAAGAAGCCGAGUGUGGUGAAGGUGAAGCUGAGAGUGUCGAAGGAGAAGCUGAGAGUGACGAAGAAGAAGAUGAGAUAGACGAAGGAGCUAUUGAUUUUGAUACAAUGUCAGUCUCUGAUUGUUUGCAUUAUUUUGCAUUGUAUACCAAUCAAAAGCACUCGGCGAUAAAUAUGUUGCUUAAGAUUUUGAGGACGAAGACUAAUUUUGCUCUCCCAAAAGAUGCCAGAACGCUUCUAAACACCAAUAGAAAGCGUCCAAAAAUAAAAGAUCUGGGAAAUGGUUCAUUCUGGAACCGUGGCAUUAGGAAAAGUCUAAUUCAAAGUUUACGAUUUGCAACAGUACCAGAAACACUAUCUUUAAACAUUUUCAUCGACGGGCUUCCGUUGCACAAAAGCAGUAAAAUACAAUUUUGGCCGAUCAUGAUCAACAUAAAGGAAAUGCCUCAGAUUGCCCCAAUCACAGCAGCUAUUUUUUGUGGGCGUACCAAACCAAAAGAUGUGAGAAGGUUUAUGAAACCACUGGUACAUGAGCUGAAUAUGUUAAUGGACGUUGGUAUGGUGCUGAAUAAUCGUCGAGUCACAAUUAAAGUACGGGCAAUAAUAGCGGAUUCUCCUGCCAGAGCUUUUUUAAAAGGUGUUGCAUAUUUCAAUGCAAAGGAGGGAUGUGCAAAGUGCACCUGCGAGGGAGAAUUCAAUGACGAAGGCAGAUGUACCAUUUUUAAGGAUACAAAUGCACCACUGAGAACGGAUCGUAACUUUCGUCGUAAGGUGUACGGAAAACAUCACAGGGAAGUAUCGCCUCUUCUAGGCUUGAAGAAUUUCGAUAUUAUUGAUGAUGUCAUAGUUGGUGACAAUCUUCAUUUAAUCGAUUUGGGGAUAAUGCGUAGAUUACUAUUAGGUUGGAGAGAUGGAAAACUAGGUCUUAGAACUAAAUGGUUUGCUAAACAGAUUGAAGAAAUAUCUAAAAAAAUUAUAAAAGUUAAACUGCCCAAAGAAAUCCAUCGAAAACUUGGUCCACUAGAAGACCUCAAAUUUUGGAAAGGUACCCAAUUCCAUAGUUUUUUUAACUAUCUUAGCAUUUAUAUUUUGAAAGAUAAUUUGCCUGAUAAAGAAUAUGAGCACUUCAAACUCUUGUUUUGUGCCAUAGUUUUGCUAUCUUCUGAAGUUUAUCGUUCUAAUUGGAAAAUCGCUGGUGAAAUGCUUAAGGUUUAUGUUGAAGAUUUCGGUAAACUGUACGGAGAGAAAUUUUUAACCAGUAAUGUGCACAACUUAAUUCACAUCUCAAAAGAAGUACAAAAGUUCGGUCCUUUACCUUCAAUUUCCACCUAUGAUUUUGAAAAUGCUCUGGGAGGUUUAAAAAAACAUCUUCGCAAAGCAGAUCAGCAUCUUCAACAAAUAGUAAAUAGACUAUCGGAAUUGGAAGCAUUUAGUCAUGAUUUACGUUCUAUGAAUCAUAAAGAAUUUUGCAUAUCAACCAAAACCAAACCAAAUGGGGAUACCAUCUUGCAAAUGAAAAAUUUUAUACUUUGUAAAGAUAACGGAAACGAAUGGUACAUGACAAAAGAUAAUAAGAUUGUCAAAUACACAAAGUCUUCAGAACAAAACAACAAAAAGAUAAGUAUAUUUGGACAAGAAAUAACCGACAAGACAGAUUAUUUUUUAUCACCAUUUCCAUCAAGAAUUAUAAACAUUUUUCUUGGCGAUCUUAAGAGCUUAAAUCCUAACGAACUAGUUUGUCAUCCUGGCGAUAUUAAAUGCAAAUUAGUUGCGUAUAGUGUAGAUAAUAGUUCUGAAUAUUUGUUUAUUCCAUUGUUGCACACGUUAACCUAAGUUUAAUUUCACGUAUUGAAAUAGAAAAUGUUAGAGCUAGAUUUAUGUAGUAAGUAAGGCAAAUAAAUGAAAGGUUUUAUGUUUCUUAAAUGUAGGCAAGAAUUUAUAUUAA